UAGUGAUGUUGGGUGCGGUUGGUACAUGCUGAGCAGACACCGGCGAGAACACUGGACACAGAGAGGCAGCGUCUUUUAUUCUGGAAAUUUGAAUAACUGCAAACAGCUUUAAAUUCACAGAGAACGACCAAAUACAAAGGAUCGAAAUGUUAGACACAGUGAGCAGCCAGUUCGACUCCUUCCUCUUUUGGAGGGAGCCUAUCCCAUCACUGGAUCUGUCAGAGCUGGAGGACCUGGGCAUUUCUAUCACCAUGUCCAAAGAAGGGAAGUCGACCAAGAGCUCCUUGAAAGCCCAGGCACAGGAGGAGGAAGAUUUUGAGUUACUGAAGUACUCGACUUUCAACUACUGGAAAGAGCCCAUUGCUAGUAUUGAUAUCUUGGAUUUCAACCUGCUGUUAUAAGACACUGCAACUCAGUUAUCAGUUCCCGCCAAAUCUGUUUUUAAAGCCACUCUGGUCACACUAAAUCUCUGAUCUGAUUUGAUAAAUGAAAUGAUUACAGGAGUCAUGUAUUUAUAUCAUGCCUUACUUGCCAUGCCAUUGUGAGGACCGGAUAUGUGCUUAAACUAUAAGGGCAUUCCUGAAUGUGAAUGUAUUAGGAAGGCAAAAAAAGGCAAAGGAAAUUGUUUGCAUCUCACUGCCCAGUGCUAUAUUAGAAAUGUAAACUGUGUGAUGGUCCAUUUGGUCAUGCACAAAACAUAAGAUUAAUGCAGCUUCAGGUCCCUGUUACAUGUAAAUGCAUGGUGAUUCUGAUAAUCUAUCUAAAGCUGUUCUGGAAAGUUUGCUGUAUAAUGUUAUUUUCUGCCAAAUUAAUUGUAAUACCACUGCAUAAUUUUACUCAUUUUGAGCUGUUAUCUCCUGAAUGGUGUUUUUGCAUUAAACAGAUGUCAAUGUAAAAUGCAGAUCUAAUGCUUUUCACUGUUUUCCCCCAUUAUGUUAAAUGAUAUGGCAAAUGUCAGAUCUCAGUUAAAGUGAGCUUGCUGCUAAAUUAAUAAUAAAAAGCAU